AACUAACGAGAGAUGAGAUGACAAGUCACAUUUGGUGUUAGGACCUAGAUAUCACGUGAUUAACGUCUUGAGGAGACUCAGUUUCUGGGACACAAAGGAUAUACAAAACUCGUUUUUGAACUUGAGUGUUGAAACAAUUCUUGCUGUAGUUGUAUUGACGAAACAAAUAUUUUUAUAUUAAAUUAAACCAAUUUAGGUCUUUUUCUAAAAGUACUUCCCCUGCCGUUAGUAGCCUAAUUGUCUCCCAUACCAUCAAAUCUGUGACAUAAUUGGCGAUGAUCUAAGAAGACAUGGAAGCGGUGACAGGUAGGACGCCUCAAUGGAUGACACUUGAUGUGGUCACCGCUGACACCAAUGGCGAUCUGCCGACUGAAAUUGUAGGAUGUAUUCCAGCCUGGUUAUCUGGCUGUCUCUUCAGGAAUGGUGCCGGUCUAUACAAAGUCAAUGGCACGAACAUUCGUCACUUCUUCGAUGGUUUCUCGGUCAUUCAUAAAUUCAAUGUUCGAGAUGGCCAGGUAACUUACCGGUCAUCUCUGCUGGACACUAACACAGUUGCCGAAGCUAUGGGUAUAAAGAGGCUGGUGCCAACCAAGAGUGGGCCUAAGUCUAUCCCAGAUCCAUGCAAGAGCGUCUUCAAAGGGUCGCAGACUUACUUCGCGGAGCUUCCACCGGAGAGGACAGAUAACACUUCAGUCAGUGUUGUCGAGUUUGCAGAUGCCUUGUACGCGCUGACAGAAACAGCAACAAUGAACAAGAUAGACAGAGACUCUCUCAAGAGAACAGAAAUGAUUGAUCUGAGUAAGAUCGUGUCUAUUCACACGGGAACAGCACAUCCUCACUUCAAUCCAAACGGAGAUAUGUUCACGUAUGGCACAAGUUUUGAUUACAGGCAGGCAUUUAACAUUGUGAAGAUUCCUCGUCAUUUAGAAGGCAGCAAUGUCCAGUCAAUGUCCGACGCUGAAAUACUUGCCAGUGUCCCCAGUCGCUGGCAGAACUACAUCGCUUACAAUCACAGUUUUGGAAUGAGUGACCGCUACUUUGUCCUUCUUGACCAGCCGGUGACAUUCAACACCAAAAAAUUUCAGAUAUCCCAUGUGGACAUGCAAGGAGUAGCUGGGACAUUGGUGGUGAAGAAAGGAGAAUCGCUACAGUUUCAUGUGAUAGACCGACAGACCAGCAGACGACUUCCCUACACGUACGAAACAACAUCGUCGUUCGUGUUCCAUUUCAUCAACUGUUUUGAGGAAGAUGGAUUCCUGGUGGUGGAUCUGGUGCUCUACCACAAGGUGGACGCCAUCUUGGAUCUGUAUCUUGAGAGCUUGAGAAAGACGGACUUCGUGAUUCCAGACGCUGGGUCUUUCGCUCGGUUUGUACUUCCGCUAAACUUAGAAAAUGCUCCAUGUGACAUAAAUCUCGUGGGACUGUGCCGCACAAAAGCCACUGCUGUCAUUGAUUACGACAACCCUAAAGUUGUGUCCUUGACCCCUGACUAUCUUAGACCAGAGAAAAUCGUCCUGGAAUUACCUCGUAUCAACUAUCAGAAAUAUGCCGGCAAGAAAUACAGAUUUGUUUAUGGUUCAUCUGUUUUCAGUGAUUGUUACAGGCUUGUCAAGGUGGAUCUGGAAGAGAAGACUUACAAAGAAUGGAAACAAACUCAAUACUAUUAUCCUGGAGAACCCAUCUUUGUACCCGCUCCCGAUGCCGUGGAUGAGGACGAUGGUGUUGUGAUGUCUCCAGUCCUAUGUGAAACCCUCGAAGAGCCUUCCUUCUUGCUGAUACUGGAUGCCAAGUCCUUCACGGAACUGGCACGAGCUUACAUUCCACGCGAUGUUAAAAUGUCCAUGACCUUUCACGGCACGUUCAGCGACGACACAAAAAGUAGGAACUUGUUUACAAGUGUAGACAUCCAUUUGUAAUUCACGAGCAUCUACUUGACUGUGUGUGUGUAUGUAUUUGAAUGUAUAGUUGUAUUUGUGUGUGUAAGUAUUUGAAUAAAUAUUUGUAUUUGUGUGUGUAAGUAUUUUAAUAAAUAUUUGUACUUGUGUGUGUUAUUUUUUAAAUCCUUAAUGUGUUGUUAUAUUUACAAUAUUGAUCACCAUAAUUACAUUAGCUUAUUAAGAAAUUAGAGACAAAACCUCAGAAAGUAGGCCAAAGGGAGAUAGUAGACUUACUCUA